CGGGCUGGACUGAAUCAUCUCAAAGGGUGGUCCGGAAACACUUUUUUAUUGGAACAAGAUGAAGAUGCUAUUUUUAUUGCUCCUCUUCUGUCACGUCGCCUCUCCAAUGACACACUCCCUAAAGUUUCUCUUCACUGGAUCUUCUGGAGUUCCAAACUUCCCAGAGUUUGUGGGUGUUAUGAUGGUUGAUGAAGUUGAAGUGGUCUACUGCGACAGCAACAUCCAGAAAGCAGAACCCAAACAGGACUGGAUGAAAAAUUUAAUAGAACAUGAUCCAAACCAUCUAGACUCUAUAUAUACUGCAGAGUGUCUGGCAAGUCAAAACUUCUCCAAAGACAACAUUAUAAGUUGGAUGCAGCGAUUUAACCAAAGUGGAGGUGUUCACACUCUCCAGAGGAUGUAUGGCUGUGAAUGGGAUGAUGAGACUGGAGAGGUUAAUGGUUUUGAUCAGUAUGGUUAUGAUGGUGAAGACUUCAUAUUAUUUGACCUGAAGACACAGACAUGGAUUGCUCCAAAACUACAAGCUGUCAUCACCAAACACAAGUGGGACAAUGACAGAGCUGCAAUAGCAAAGCAUCAUCAUUACCUCACCCAGAUUUGUCCUGACUGGCUGAAGAAGUAUGUGAACUAUGGGAGGAGCUCUCUGCUGAGAACAGACCUUCCUUCAGUGUCUCUCCUCCAGAAGACUCCCUCCUCUCCAGUCAGCUGCCACGCUACAGGUUUCUACCCUCACAGAGCCUCACUGUUCUGGAGAAAAGAUGGAGAGGAACUUUUUGAGGAAGUGGAAUAUGGAGAGAUCUUCCCUAACAACGAUGGAUCCUUCCAGAUGAGUGUUGACCUGGACAUUUCAUCAGUCCCACUUGAAGACUGGAGGAAGUACGAAUGUGUGUUUCAGCUCUCUGGUGCAAAGAAAGACAUCGUCACCACACUGGACAAAGCAGUGAUUAGAUCCAACUCGGGCUUCCCUGCUGGUCCAGUCAUUAUUAGAGUUGUUGUAGUACUGGUCCUCCUGGCGUGCUGCAUCACUGCAUCACAAAUCUUCAUCUGGAAAAUGACAAACAAUGCUUGAAGAUGAGACGAGGAUGCUGAACUCUACUUACUGAGGAGUCAACAGAAUCAAACACUGUCUCAGAGAACGCUUCUCUCUACUGACAAUCAUCUGGAGAGAGUUGAUGCUUCUAAAUGCUGCAUAAAGCUUAUGCUUAUUCAUGCAGAUGCCUCCCACCCAGGACUGACAGAACUGGUGGUUGCUCAGCGGAAAAAAAAAAAUCAUUAGCAGUAUCAUUAUGUGAGUGCGUAGAAGAGUUAAUGCCUGCAUAUGUUUUCUGUGCUUUUUAAAAAAAAAAUCACAUAUGUGCAUCCAGAGAUCCAAGAACAGUGUCUGUUUCUACAGAAUGUUUUUAAAUGUUAAAUCAAAUGAAUGCUUCACACAUUGCACACAUAGGAGGACUGAUGGCGACACACACUGUACACAGUUUAUGCCA